GAGUCCAUGAAAUCUAUUUAGAGGUAUCUUACCUUUUGCGUAUAGAUGAUCUAACCAUACAGAAGUGAAACACUAAAAUAGAAAUGCACCGAAAACAAAAGUUGGAUAGCCGGAAGUAAUAAACAUAUCUGCGAAAUGAAUCAUCAAGGUGAAUUGGAGAAAAAUAAGUAUAGAAACUGGGUGAGAGGUGGACUGGCGUAUAAAUAUCUUAAAGAAGGUCUAGAAGGUUUUGCUGAUGACGUGGUUGAUCAGGAACACACCAGAAUUCUUAGUGCUAUCAGUCAAACACCUGGACUCACAUGUAACCAAUGCUGUCUUAGAAACCUCAGACCGAUACAUAAGUGUGAGAGGGAUCCUGUAACCGGCGGCAACAAAUGUUAUUGGGGCCAGUCCAACUGCAACUGCCUAUAUCCAAAGAAACGCCCAUGCCAUUUUAAAGUGUGUGACAGAAUUUUGGAAGACAUACUUAAAUGUCACGGAUCCACACCACCUACUCCUAACUGGAAAAAUACAGAUACUCAGAAAUGGUGUACAGAUCCAUGGGAGAUUGCCAAAUGUUUUAUCAAUGCACCGGGAUAUUCAGACAAGACAAAGGCAGCUGAUAUCGACACUCCAGGGUUGCUUCAUGUAUUUAUCAACAACAUCAAUCUUCAGUCGCGCUUUUCAGACAACAUUAAUCGGAGUGACACCUUCAGAAAGAUUCUACAAAGAAGAAAUGAAUUAUUCCAUUCAGCGACAAUGGAGCUGGAAGGCACAAAACUGGAUGAAUAUAUAGACGAUAUAAUAGCAAUUCUUGAGGAUGAGAAAGAAUUAAAAUCAAGAAACGAUGCUCAACAGGCUGUUUUCAAGCUCAAACAGUUGAAGCAGAAGUGCUUUAUCAUUACUACACACGACGAGGUCGAAGUGUGCAGAGAUGCUCUAGUCUCAGUUACCAAGAAGUCAGAGGAACUAAAACAAACAAUUCGAGACGGUAAAGAUGAUAUUGUUAGGAAACAAAAAGAAGCUACAGGUGCUAUUGAUGACGCAAAAGAAUAUAUUGGUAAAAAACGAAUAGAAGUUACAGACGCUAUUCAAGAGGCAAAAUGUGACAUAGAUAAGAAACAAACGGAAGUUGUAGGAGCUAUUCAAGGCGCAAAAGAGAACAUUCAUAAGAAACAAAUAGAAGCCGUAGGAGCUAUUAAAGACGCGAAAGAUGACAUUAGUAAGAAACGAAGCGAGGCUGUCGACGCUAUACAAUGUGCAAAAAAUGACAUUAGUAAGAAACAGAAAGAGGCUAUUGACGCUAUUGAAGACGCAAAAACUGACAUUAGUCAGAAACAAAAAGAAGCUACAGAAGCAGUUACAAAUAUUACACAGAAAGCUUUACAAGACGUUCUGCAAGAAAUUGACAGACACAGUUUGUACCUAAGAGUUGGACGACUUGAAUUAGACAGUUCUACUUCAAAUCAGCGGCUUGCAUUACUUGAGAGUAAAGUGGACAUAUUAGACAAUGUACGUCACAAUCAUCAGAAACAGUUAGACUACGUUGAAAGAAAACAAGAACUACAGAAACAGUUGGUGACAAUGUACCAGGACCAUUACGUGAAAACAGCGAUUUCUCCGCUUAAAAGCCAAGACAACAAUUUAAACGUAACAGAAAUCUAUGUAUCUCCGAAAAUGGUAGUAGAAGACAACGUGAGCAAAAGUGGAUCACAGACCACAGAAAAGCCACUGAAAAAGCCAAAGACCAGAAUUAUACACACAUAUCGAGAGAUACUGCAAACGAAUGAUCUAAAACACAAAAAGAUCUACAUAGUAGGUGAUGUCGGGACGGGAAAAAGCACAUUUUGUAAAAUGAUGAUACAGAAUUGGUGUUCAGCAGUUACUGCAGAUAAUCGCACUACUAACAAGUCUGAAAACUCCCGCAGAUCGGAUUUUAGAUAUGAAAAUAAUGAUGACAAAUUUUUAGCUGUGAAUCGGUGUUCUCUGGUAGACUGUUGUGAGAAUGCAGUAAGUGAAAAGUAUGUCGAACCCAUCAUCGAGAAGAAUUAUGCUCCUGUCAGCAAAAAGGAUGAAAGCUCUAUCAGCGACAAUGGUGAAAGCUCUGUCAGCGACAGUGAUGAAAGUUAUCUCAGCAGCAAUGAUGAAUGCUCGCUCAGCGACAGUGAGAGCACCUCUUUCAGCGACAUUGAUGAAGACUUUUUCAGAAAAAUUCAUAUAGAAUAUGAAUAUGAAAAUGAAUGUUUUGAUGUAAGUUAUGAAAAUAUUAAUGAGAUGAAACAAUUCGAUUUUUUGUUCUUCGUGCCCUUACAGAGAAUGUCAGGAAUCGGCGACAUUACUGAAAUGGUCAAAGCAAUUGUCACCGCAGCUGAUCUUGCAUCAGCUGACCUGAUAGAUAGAAUAUUUGAGCAAGAAUCUGCUCGUUGUCUCGUCGUUGCAGAAGGUUUGGAUGAAUGGACUCCUCCUAAAGGUGCAUCUGUGUUACAACAUGUCAGCUUUGGCUUACCAAACAGAGCCAAGGCGCACCAUGCCGUUAUUGUUACACUUUCUCGAGCGUCAGCGAAAGGACUUUUAAACAUAAAGUCUUCUGAAUACGACCAAAAAGUGGAAUUAUUAGGAAUAAAUGAGAAAUCUAUGACCAAUUUCAUUAAAAAAUACCUGUCAAAGUUCCACAAUACAGAUCUGUCUUAUGAUGCAUUCAUGGAAAAAACCAAGACGGCGAAACUUGAACAUCUAGAGAGAACACCCCUACUUUUGCAACAACUGGUAUGGUUAUACUGCACCGGAAAUGAUACUGGAAAAUCUGUCAGUGAUACAUACUGUCAUAUUGUAAAUAUCAUGCUUGGCUGGUCACAGAAAAGAGAGGAGGACAAAGACAUGGAUGGAGAUCAGAUUGGCGUAACGAAACAAGAUGAUCAUAUGCAGCUGCCCGGACUGUUACAGAAAUUUCCAAGAUGUGAAGCGAACAAACGAUUUCUGCUCCCGUUAGCGAGAGUUGCGUUUGAGGCAUUGACUUCAGAAACGGGAUCUAGCACACUCGGUCGAUCUCAUCUCCAACAGAGAGGUGUUCCAAAAGAGGACAUAAUUACACUCAUAAGGUUUGGUAUUCUCGUAGAGAAUAACCGUUUCGAUCCUACCAAAGAAAAUACUCAGAUCGAAUUCAUUCACAUAUCUUACCUUGAGGUUUUUGCAGCUGUAUAUGUUUCAAGCCAUUAUAAUGAAAAUCAGCGUUCAAAACUUCUAAAAACUAUUUUGCAAGACCUCUUUCAAAACUGUAAAUCAGCUGCCGACGUUCUACAGUUAUCAAAUGUACUCAGACUGAUUUGUGGGUUAUCUCCAUUUCUACUACCAGAAUUAUCAAAAUCAAUCUCAGAUAUUGUUAAUGAGGACGAAAGUAUUAUCAGGUUCAGAAACUCAAUGUUAAAGUUUGGCUCAUUCUGUUAUAUAAGUGUAACACGUCCGAUUCAUGGUCUGAUACUCGGUUGUCUAUCCGAGUGUGAUACAGAUGAUCAGUCGAUGUUCACUCUUUGUGACAUUAUCAUCACUUCCGCUACAGAGAAGUCAUUUCUGCAAAGGAUAAUACCGGAUAAUGUGGUAUCUGUGUAUGUAUUUAGUAUCUCAGAUGUAGAAGUAUGUAGAUGGAUUGCACGACUGAAAGGACUACAAUAUUUGUACUUUAGUUUUAGUAGACUCCCGCAUAGUGAGAUGGAAUUAGUAUACUCCUUUAUACAAGAAGCACCAUUAAAAUAUCUAGCAUUGAUCUCUGUAAGAUGUAACUGCUAUAAUCAUGAUCAUGGAAUUAAUCUUUCAAACAAUGAUCAGCUUCAGAAACUAGAACUUGGAUAUGGUACGAGAGUGAUGAUUCCUAACACAAAUACUAAACAGCUUGAAAUGUUGCGUUUUGUUUCUAUCAGUCAACCAGAUUUUGAAUUUCUACGACAUGCCCGCAAUCUGACGGAACUACACAUUGAACUUAGUCUACAUGUAUUAGAUAAAUAUCAUUUUGACAAAGAAAUGGAUUCUGUGUUACAUACCUUACAGAAACUACGGAGACUCAAGUUAGAGAAGAUAAGAAUUAGUGACAGUGCUCUUAUCGUAUCACCCGAAAUGAGAAACCUCAAACACAUUGAUCUGCAGGAUGUCAGAAUGAGCCUGCAAACAUGGUGUAGAUUCGUCGAUAGACUUCUUACUCUUCAACAAUCUGUACAUGUGGUUAGAACGGCCGUUAGAACAGACGAACGUGAUUACGUUAGAACGAAUACUAGGAUGUAUAAAGUGAUAGAAGAUGGUCCUAUCAGAUUUAAAUUUAGGACAAAGAAAUAAUUGUAUUCUAGUUCUUUGAACCUCUUGAAAUGUACGGAUAUUGAGAAUUAUACUUUAAAACAUUACACAUUAAAAAUCAAAUUAUAUCCGACUGAACUUAGAGAUACUGUUCAAUGUAACGAUUAGAACAAAAACAAAUAUAAGACAUUACUUUAAGAACUAACAGAUAAGUCGUGCAUUGAUAUAUUUUGCUAUCAAUAACUAACAAUUUAAGUUAAGUCUAUAUGUAAAUGUUACAAAUGACUUAAACAUUACAUAAUGAAAAUGUCAGGCUAAUUCGGGAAAUGAAAAAAUGCAGAAAUAUUUAAUGUUUCUAUUUCAUUUAUUUUUAAAAUCUAGACAUGUAAUAUUUAUUUUUGUUUGUUUUCAAUUUAACGUCGUAUUUCAACAGUUUUACAAUUAUAUUACGACAGUCAGUAUAACCGGAUUUUGUUCUGCACCAUUAUUUACCUGUUCUUCCAAGUAUCUACCUACUUUCCACAUGGAUACGAAGGCGAAGAACGAAAAUGAUUUCAGACACGAAAAUGAAUCAUAAGGUUUUGGUGCUAGCGCUUGUAACAUCGUAACGCUGUUAUCAUCACGUUUCGUUGUUUAUGUUGUUGAUUUCUUUUAUAUUACAUGAGUGCAUAUAUUAUAAGUAUUCGAUUAAAAAAUGAAAAUAAAAAAUUCUAUUUUAA